AUGGAAGCGACUCUACAAGAAGUUACUACCGUCGUUGACCUUAAAUAUGAAGUUUGGUCUCCAAUGGUGAAAGCUACACUAACGGAGAAAGGACUUUGGGAUAUUGUCGAAAACGGAGUCCCGCCUGAUCCAUCCAAGAUCCCAGAAGUAGCCGCGACAAUUGAAGCCGAACAACUCUCGAAAUGGAGAGAUCUUGUGAGAAAAGACACAAAAGCGCUUCAGAUAUUGCAAUGUUCAGUCCCAGAUUCUGUUUUCAGAACCACUCUCUCUGCUUCUUCGGCCAAAGAUCUUUGGGAUAUGCUAAAGAGAGGCGACGAAUAA